UGACGCAGCUGGGAAUUGAGCUGUGCAAAGCCACUCUCUGGGAAGGGAAGCGUCUGCCCCACCCUCCCCCACCAAGCGCCCUGGAUAUUCUGCCCACAUUCCUCUCUCCCGUGACGUCACCCUUAGUCCUGUCCUGGGGAGCCUGCAAAACCUCUCAAAUUCAAACAGCUAGACGCACUGCUGCUGCUGCCACUGGACUGAAAGCGCGCGCCCAGGCUCCGCUGUGGCAACCACGGAAGCGACCCAGUCCACAAGACCUCCCUAUGCAAUCACAUCCCCGGUUCCCUGCAGCGCAGCUCCUUUCUGCUCCAAUCCUCCUCUUCCUCUCUGGCUGUCAGCGGGUGUCUGCGUACCCGCCCCCCAUCAAAUUAAAUCAAGCAACAACAAGCAGAGCAUCCCCCUGCAAGCGGCAUCUCCUUUUACUUUGUUCUCCCUCUCUUCCUGAAGAUGCAAAACUACUGGUGGACUGAAGAGGAGGGGAGUCCUAUCUUCUGAUGUUUUAAAAAUAAAAGUAAAGCAAUUUCUGCUGCAAGCCCAAGACGGGCAAUCUGCCUGAAAUUUCUUCAAAAUACCCCAGGGGAAGAGGAGAUGGGCCGGAUUUAGUAGGACAACUGGAUUACUAAUGACUCUGUGGCUGGCUGUGACCCACCAGGAAAUCAGGUGCAAGCAUGUACCUGAGCUGACAUCGAAGGUGCCUAAAGAUGCUGAGCAGCAUUUGGUUCCUCAGUGUGUUAACCAUGGCCGGGAUCUUACAGUCAGAGAGCCGCAAAACUGCCAAAGACAUUUGCAAGAUCCGUUGCCUGUGCGAAGAGAAGGAAAACGUACUGAAUAUUAACUGUGAAAACAAAGGAUUUACAACUGUCAGCUUGCUCCAACCCCCCCAGUAUCGCAUCUAUCAGCUGUUUCUCAAUGGAAACCUCUUGACUAGACUGUAUCCAAACGAAUUUGUCAACUACUCAAAUGCUGUGACUCUUCAUCUAGGUAACAAUGGGUUGCAGGAGAUCCGACCUGGGGCAUUUAGUGGUCUGAAGACUCUGAAGAGACUGCACCUCAAUAACAACAAACUGGAGGUAUUGAGAGAGGACACUUUUCUAGGCCUAGAGAGCCUGGAGUACCUCCAAGCUGACUACAAUUACAUCAGCACCAUUGAGGCAGGGGCAUUUAGCAAAUUGAAUAAGCUCAAAGUGCUCAUCUUGAAUGACAACCUUUUGCUGUCUCUGCCUAGUAAUGUGUUUCGGUUUGUCCUGCUAACUCACUUAGACCUGCGGGGAAACAGGUUGAAAGUAAUGCCUUUUGCUGGUGUCCUUGAACAUAUUGGAGGAAUCAUGGAAAUUCAGCUGGAAGAAAACCCAUGGAAUUGCACCUGUGACCUACUUCCUCUCAAGGCAUGGCUGGACACCAUUACUGUUUUUGUCGGAGAGAUUGUCUGUGAGACUCCUUUCAGGUUACAUGGGAAAGAUGUGACCCAGCUGACCAGACAAGACCUCUGUCCCAGAAAAAGCGCAAGUGGUGAUUCUAGUCAGAGGAGCGGUCAUCCAGACACUCAGGUUCAAAGGCUGUUCCCCACAGUGAACCCUGCUCUUAAUCCCACCAAGGCCCCCAAAGCAAGCCGGCCACCCAAAAUGAGAAAUCGUCCAACUCCACGAGUGACUGUGUCAAAAGACCGGCAGAGCUUUGGCCCAAUCAUGGUGUACCAGACCAAGUCCCCUGUGGCCCUCACCUGUCCCAGCAGCUGUGUGUGUACCUCUCAGAGCUCAGACAAUGGUUUAAAUGUUAAUUGCCAAGAAAGGAAGUUCACUAACAUCUCUGACCUGCAGCCCAAACCUACUAGUCCAAAGAAACUCUACCUAACAGGCAACUAUCUCCAAACAGUAUAUAAAAAUGACCUCUUAGAAUACAGUUCGCUGGAUUUGUUGCAUUUAGGAAACAACAGAAUUGCAGUCAUUCAGGAAGGUGCCUUUACAAACCUGACCAGUUUACGCAGACUUUAUCUAAAUGGCAAUUACCUUGAAGUGCUGUAUCCUUCUAUGUUUGAUGGACUGCAGAGCUUGCAGUAUCUCUAUUUAGAGUAUAAUGUCAUUAAGGAGAUUAAGCCACUGACCUUUGAUGCUUUAAUUAACCUCCAGCUCCUGUUUCUGAAUAACAACCUGCUGAGGUCCUUACCUGAUAAUAUAUUUGGGGGCACAGCCCUCACCAGGCUGAAUCUGAGAAACAAUCAUUUUUCACACCUGCCUGUAAAAGGGGUUCUGGAUCAGCUUCCUGCUUUUAUUCAGAUAGAUCUUCAAGAGAACCCAUGGGACUGUACCUGUGACAUCAUGGGACUAAAGGACUGGACUGAACAUGCCAAUUCUCCUGUCAUCAUCAAUGAGGUGACUUGUGAAUCUCCCGCUAAGCAUGCAGGGGAGAUACUGAAAUUCCUGGGAAGGGAGGCUAUUUGUCCAGAUAAUCCUAACUUGUCAGGUGGGACUAUUUUAUCAAUGAAUCACAACACAGACACACCAAGGUCACUUAGUGUGUCUCCUAGUUCUUACCCUGAACUACACACUGAAGUUCCACUUUCUGUCUUAAUUUUAGGAUUGCUUGUUGUUUUUAUCCUGUCUGUCUGUUUUGGGGCGGGGUUAUUCGUCUUUGUUCUGAAACGUCGAAAGGGAGUGCCAACUGUUCCCAGGAGUGCCAACAAUUUAGAUGUAAGUUCUUUCCAGUUACAAUAUGGGUCUUACAAUACCGAAACAAAUGAUAAAACUGAUGGUCAUGUCUAUAAUUACAUCCCCCCACCUGUGGGUCAGAUGUGCCAAAACCCUAUCUACAUGCAAAAAGAAGGAGACCCAGUAGCCUAUUACAGAAACCUGCAGGACUUCAGCUAUGGCAACCUGGAGGAGAAAAAAGAAGAGCCAGCAACACUUGCUUACACAAUAAGUGCCACUGAGUUACUAGAAAAGCAGGCCACACCAAGAGAGCCUGAGCUACUGUAUCAGAAUAUUGCUGAGCGAGUUAAGGAACUCCCCAGUGCAGGCCUACUCCACUAUAACUUUUGUACCUUACCUAAAAGGCAGUUUGCCCCCUCAUAUGAAUCUCGACGCCAAAACCAAGACAGAAUCAAUAAAACCGUUUUAUAUGGGACUCCCAGAAAAUGCUUUGUGGGGCAGUCAAAGCCAGACCACCCUUCACUGCAAGCUAAGCCACAAUCAGAACCAGACUACCUCGAAGUUCUGGAAAAACAAACUGCAAUCAGUCAGCUGUGAAGGGAAAUCACUUACUGCCCUAUAGCAUCAAAGGAUGCGAUCCAAACUGCUGGAAGCACUGCAUUUGCUUUUGUUGUGUCCUUCCUACCCCAGUGCUAAUGGGACACUGAAAGCGCUUGGGAAAAGGGGUGAAGCAAUGAUAUUCCUUUAAAUUAUUUUUCUCUUCAUCUCCCACCUCCACCCACACUUCUUAGGAACCAUCAGUGAACAUGAAUGUUUCUACAUUGCAUUUUUUCAUGUAUAUUAUUUAGGUUUUGCGUCUGUUUUCUUUCUUUUCUUUUUCCCGUGUGGGUAGUUGAAAGAAACGGUAGUGAAUGAAGGAAUAGUAAGUAAAGUUUUCAAAUAAUAAUAUUUUGUAGAAGAUCUCCAAAGAUCUUUUGGGACUACAAUUUCUUUUGUAAAUAAUGAUCUAUGUUAUCGUCAUCUUCAGUUACCAAGUAUAGGCCUGGGCAUUGCUACUUUGUGUUAAAGUGCCUUUGCACUUAAGUAUAUUACUUAAAUGUUUCUUUUAGCUUUGAAAAUUAAAAGUAUUUUAAUGUGUUGUAUUUUUAAAAUAGAAAUCAAUGUAAAAUAGAUCUAUUUGUCAGCUAUAUUAAGCCAACAUACAAUUUGCUUGAGUUAUAGAAACCAGCCUGUCAUCAGAUGAUUCUAGCUUAGGACAUUAUAGACUUAAAUGUAAAAUAUUUCCUUUCUUCUGGGUUCGUUAUAAGUGAUUUUAUUUAAGUCAAGAAAGAUGGAUUUAACAGUGGACUAGAGGUAAUAAUCCACCUCUGUCGGGAUCAGCAAUUCAUUAAUAAAAUAUAUUUAACCCAA